AUGUCAGACUUGAAGAAAGAAGUCUCCUGCGUGAACCCCUUUCGCUCUGUCAAGUUCUUCGUGGCGUGCCAGGCUCUUCUGCAGCUGACGCAGCUGAUGGCAUCUGGCUACAUGAAAGGCUCCGUUUCGACCAUUGAGAGGCGCUUUGGGUUCUCCAGCCAGACAUCCGGACUGGUGGCUUCCUUCAAUGAGGUGGGGAACACACUGCUGAUCGUCUUUGUGAGUUACUUUGGGAGCAGAGUCCACCGGCCCCGGGUGAUCGGCUGUGGGGCCAUCCUCAUCUCUGUAGCGACGUUCAUCAUUUCUCUUCCUCAGUUCCUACUGGGAAUGUACGAGUAUGACCGCUCUUUUUCGGACAACUCAAACCUUACAGAUAUCUGCCUCCCUGGCCAGCCAAGCAUACCUGUUCCCGAGCAGUGCACUCUGAAGAGAGCGGCUGAGAGCCAGGUGGCCCUUUUCCUGCUGUUGCUUGGGCAGGCUCUGCUGGGGAUCGCCACCGUUCCCAUCCAGCCGUUCGGCCUCUCCUACGUUGACGAUUUCGCCAGCAAAAGCAACUCGCCUUUCUACUUGGGGAUCAUCUUUGCGGCGACCACGCUUGGGCCAGCGAUCGCAUUCGUUCUGAUGUUCCUCACGUUGCGCAUCUAUGUCGACGUUGACAAAGUACCUGCAAUGGGAAUUCAGCUCUCCUCCAGUGAUCCGCGAUGGGUCGGCGCCUGGUGGCUGGGGUUCGUUUUUACAUCCGGGCUGGCUGCUGCCUCAGCAAUACCGUAUUUCUUCUUCCCGAGAGAGCUGCCGAAAGAGGAAGAUCCACGGGAGGUAAUUGCAGAACCGAGCAAGAGCAGCCUGCUGUCCGAGCCUAAAGGGGGACUCGAAGAACUCACUCUGCUGGAGUUUGUAAAAAUGCUUCCCGUGGUCCUGAUGAGAAAUUUCAAGAAUCCCUUUUUUGUCGUGAUGAUCGUGGCUCUGAUCAACCUCACCAGCAUGAUUGCGGGCUUAGCGACCUUCCUGGGGAAAUUCCUGGAGAGGCAGUUUAGAGUCGGGACAGCGUACGCCAGCAUACUCAUAGGUUCCUGCAACCUCCCCGUGGCCAUGCUGGGACUCCUGCUGGGCGGCCUCAUCAUGAAGAAGUUCCACCUGUCCCACAAGCAGAUCAGCCUCCUGUGCGUCAUCAGCAUGGGCCUCUGCCUCGUCUUCCAGUUCCCCCUCUUCUUCCUGGGCUGCCCUGCGCAGCAGGUCUCGGGCCUCAUCCCUGCCAGAAGUUCCGGAGUUGGAGGAGGACUUGUGUCCGAUUGCAACCGAAUGUGCAACUGCUCCUCCACUGCCUACAACCCUAUUUGUGGCGAAGAUAGCGUCGAAUACAUUUCCCCUUGUCAUGCCGGCUGCUCAACUUUAAAUUACUACCCUUCAAGUAAGAUAGUCGUGAAUUACACCCGCUGUAGCUGCAUCGGCACCGGUGGGGCGAUGGGAUCUGCCGUCCCAGGGUCCUGCAUCAAAGACUGUUCCCGGUUCCUGACUCCUUUUAUGGUGCUCAGCUGCAUAGCGGGAUUUAUGGCAAGCAUCACGCAGACGCCAUCCUUCAUGCUUAUCCUCAGGAACGUGAAGGCUGAAGACAAGUCUUUUGCGAUUGGGAUCCAGUUUCUCUUGCUAAGAUUGACUGCCUGGCUGCCGGCCCCAGUGCUCUACGGCACAAUCAUCGACACCACCUGCAUCCUGUGGCAGUGGAAAUGCCAGAGGAAAGCCGCCUGCCUUUACUACGACUCCACCUCCUUCCGGAAGAGAUUCAUCGGCGUUCAACUCUGGUUUGAAGCUUGCUGCUUUAUCUGCUUGGUGAUCAUGUUCUUCCUAUACUGGAAGAAGGAGCGAUCCCAGAAAGGGCCAAAGGAAGAAAACCACCUGGAUGAAAUACCAGAGGCUGAAGUGAAGACUUGA